AUGUCUCUCUCCAACAAGCUCUCCAUCUCGGACGUCGACCUCAAGGACAAGCGUGUCCUCAUCCGUGUCGACUUCAACGUCCCCCAGGACAAGACCACUGGCGAGAUCACCAACCCCGCCCGUAUCGUCGCUGCUCUCCCCACCAUCAAGUACGCCAUUGACAAUGGCGCCAAGUCGGUGAUCCUCAUGUCGCACCUCGGCCGCCCCGACGGCCAGCCGAACGCCAAGUUCUCGCUCAAGCCCGUUGCUACCAAGCUCUCGGAGCUCCUUGCCCGUGACGUCAAGUUCCUCUCGGACUGCGUCGGUGACGACAUCACCGCCGCCGUCAACGCCGGUUCGAACGGCCAGGUGUUCCUCCUUGAGAACCUCCGCUUCCACGUUGAGGAGGAGGGCAAGGGUGUCAAGGACGGCCAGAAGGUCAAGGCCGACCCCAAGGACGUCGAGCAGUUCCGCAAGGGCCUCACUGCCCUCGGUGACGUCUACGUCAAUGACGCUUUCGGCACUGCUCACCGUGCCCACUCGUCCAUGGUCGGUGUCGACCUCCCCGUUCGCGCUGCCGGCUUCCUCAUGACCAAGGAGCUCGAGUACUUCGCCAAGGCCCUUGAGCACCCCGAGCGCCCCUUCCUUGCCAUCCUCGGCGGUGCCAAGGUCAAGGACAAGCUCCAGCUCAUCGAGUCCAUGCUUGACAAGGUCAACAAGCUCAUCAUCUGCGGUGGCAUGGCCUUCACCUUCAAGAAGACUCUUGAGGGCGUCAGCAUCGGUGACUCGCUGUUUGACGAGGACGGCGCCAAGGUCGUCGGCGAGCUCGUUGAGAAGGCCAAGGCCAAGAACGUCGAGCUCAUCCUCCCCGUCGACUACCGUACCGCCGACAAGUUCUCGAACGACGCCACCUCGACUGUCGUCACCGACGCCCAGGGCAUCCCCGCCGGCCUCAUGGGUCUUGACUGCGGCCCCAAGUCGGAGGAGCUCUUCACCAAGGCUGUUCUCGACUCGAAGACCAUCCUCUGGAACGGCCCCGCCGGUGUCUUCGAGUUCGCCAACUUCUCCAACGGCUCGACCGCCCUCCUUAACGCCUGCAUCCAGUCGGCCGCCUCUGGUGCUACCGUGAUUGUCGGUGGUGGUGACACCGCCACCCUCGUUGCCCAGGCCGGCAAGGAGGACAAGCUCUCGCACGUCUCGACCGGUGGUGGUGCCUCGCUCGAGCUCCUCGAGGGCAAGACUCUCCCCGGUGUUGCCGCUCUCUCGGAGAAGAAGUAA